AUGAUGAAAAAGAAGUCCGUUUAUGCCAACAUAACCCCGAUACCCUCUCACAUUCCUCGCCAGUUGGCGAUCGAUAUGCUCCAUUCCCACCGCGAGAUCAUCGAAUUGAACCCCCUUGUGAUCGACCUCAGGCCCAUCAAAGCCCCGCAGAAUGCGCCCGCUGAUGAAUAUUUCUCGACUUGGUAUGAAAUCGACCAGCGCAUACAGUUUGUGCCUGGGAUUGGCAAGGCCGGGGCCGGGAAGAUUUCCUUCAAAGGUUGCUUCCAUGACAUGCCCUGGGGCUUACAGACACACGUCUAUCCCCCGAUGGGAAUAGAGAUCCGCAACAAAUGGCAAAUAAGAGGCAACCAGCCCGGCGAGCCUCCAGAACACAAAGAGUUGGGAUCCGGGGCACCAGCGGAGGGAUUAUACUUGCGUGAAGACAUAGAGAUCACAUGCAAUCGGGCGAUGAUGCAAUUCACCAAAAAUGGAAUGAAAGAAGCCAGCAAAGUCAUGGUUGACAGAUUGGUCAAGAAGGCCGAGUUGAUCGACUCGGGCGUCCUCAGUGCCAUGAUGGAAGACGGGAAACUCAAGACUCUGAAUCCGGCAGACCGGUCGCGAACGUUCCAGCAGUCCGGGCAAUACUCUCCAGGCCUGAUGUCGCCCGCCACAGCACAGUUCGGCCCCGGUCCCAGAUCGCCAGGUUUCCCUCCUAGCAUGGACAGAAACUACGUCCAGUCCGCCAAUCAGUCCGCGUACGGGCGACAGUCGCAGUACUACGGCGGCUACGCACAGGACGGGAGACAGAUACAGAAUGCUUCGCAUGUGCCGCCCCCACAAGGCCUCGCGAUCGAGAUGGACGGGAGUUCACAAUUCGCGCCACAACAGCACCAGAACCAAAACCUGCAGCCACCGAAUCGCUUCUCGACCGCCGUGUCGGAACUAUCAGCAAGCUCACCCCCAGCAAAUCAGACGUUGUUCCCCAACGGCAAUGCAAGCGAUCGGCAGAGCUAUGCAGGCAGCGUGAGCAGCCAUCCCACCUCUUACGAUCCAGAUGGAAGUAUGGCGUCUCCAGGACUUGAUAAGAGAUCUUUUGCAGUUGAAUUACCUGGUAGUGAUAGUGCCGCACCAAAUCGCUCAAUGACUCCCCAGGGAGGGACGAGUCCAGAUCCUAACGGUGUCGGCUUCGCUGGUGGUGGGACACCAGGUCAACAGUACCGCUACAAUCCGCUGGAUUAUGCGAGAAUGUCAUCAUGA